AUUAAUGUUUUAUUAUUCAUAUUGCAUGCUGACUAAAAUAUAUAUCAAAUAAAACCUUUUUCAUGCAAAAAGUUACAAAGGUGGCGAAUUAUAGAGAAAAGGGAAAAGAGAAAGAAGAGGGAGAAGAUCUAACAAUGUCAAUGCCAAUGAUGUUUCAUGGUGUUAAUAGGGAAGGAGAGAUGUCAGCUAUGGUUUCUGCUUUGACACAUGUGAUAUGUGGUGAUGAUGGAAGUUCUGUUUUGAAGAGAAGAAGGGAAGAUGAUGAAUCCAAUGCUAAUAUCUCUCCAAUUAAGCACCAAGUUGUAGAAUGUUCAAGCAACAAAAUAACAGAAUCUGUAUAUGAAUACAGAACAGACAACAUUAACAAUGUGAAAAAGGAAGAUCAAAUAGAAAGAAGAAAAUACAGAGGAGUGAGACAGAGACCAUGGGGAAAAUAUGCUGCAGAGAUAAGAGAUCCUUUUAAAGCAACAAGAGUUUGGUUAGGAACAUUUGAAACAGCUGAAGAUGCAGCUAUAGCUUAUGAUCAAGCUUCAUUGCGUUUUAGAGGAAACAAAGCAAAACUCAAUUUUCCUGAAAAUGUUAGCCUCAAGCAACAACCUUUUACUAAUCCAACACCAACCUCAUUGUCUCCAUCAGCUUCAUAUUCUUCUUCAUCUUCUUCUUAUAGUUCUUCAAUUCCUUCAGUUUAUUCUACACAGUUGCCAACAUGGUCUUCUUCUGGUUAUAGCUCCUCUCCCUCAGGCUCAUAUUAAUGGAUCCAUUUUAUUUCUAGAAUCUACCUCUCUUUUUUGCCCCCUAAUGUUUUCAUUAAUUUUUGGGGGUGUUUGAGUAGCUUAGAAAAGAGAGGGAGAGACAAUUGAAUAGAAGAAGGAAAAAAAAAAGUGAUGCAGGAAACAGAAAAAAGAAAUAGCAAGAGAAUAUAUAAAACUAUUAUAAAAAAUAUAUAAGAAAUUACUUUGAAUUUUACUGUUGUUAUUAAUUUCA